AUGAAGGAACUUAAAAUAGACAUACUGGGUGUUAGUGAAACGUGGUGGAAGGAAAGUGGCGAAUUCAAGUCAGAAAACACUAAGGUGUAUCACUCAGGGAAUGAGAAUACCCAUAGAAGAGGUGUGGCAAUUAUUGUAAAGAGCCAUAUAGCUAAUUGUGUAGCUGAAUACGUUCCAAUGUCAGAUAGGACAAUGCUGAUAAAAAUUAUCGGAAAACCAACUAAUUUAAAUAUAAUUCAAGUCUACGCCCCUACAUGUGAUGGAAGUGCAGAAGAAAUCGAAAAAUUUUACGAUGACAUUGAGAAGUUACUAAAAAUGACGAAACCACAUGAAAUAACAAUCGUACUGGGCGAUUUUAACGCAAAAGUCGGACAUGAGGAAGUAAGGGGUGUCGCCGGAAAAUAUGGAUUGGGCGAACGAAAUGAGAGGGGUGACAGACUCGUCCAAUUCUGCCAAGAACACAAAAUGACAAUAACAAAUACCCUUUUUCGCCUACAUCCCAGAAGACUCUACACUUGGAAAUCUCCACAGGACAAUAGAGAAAACGUUGUGAGAAACCAAAUCGACUAUAUAUUAAUAAACAGACGAUAUUGCACCUGUGUGACAAAAUGCUCUACGUUCCCUGGAGCAGACGUACCUUCUGAUCACAACCUCCUUCUGGCAAAUGUCCGCACCAAACUUGCUAUUGUUCGAAAACAUAAACGACAACAUAAAAUUGACAUUAGGAAACUUAACGAUCCACUAAUAAGGAACGAAAUUAAGGAACGCAUUAAUGAUGAACUAGGAGAAAUCAAUGGAGAAGAUGUUGAAAAUUUGUGGGAUAACGUCAAAAACAUUGUAAGCACGACUACCAAGGACACACUGGGAAACUGCAUGAAUACAAGACAGGAAAAAUGGAUGACAGAUGAGAUUCGAGAACUUCGAAUAGAACGGAGUAGGCACAAGAAUGUAAACUAUGAAAUCUACUGGGAAUUAAACAAAGAGAUCCGAACUGCGACCCGAGCUGCAAAGAAUGCACUACUGAAUCGUCAAUGUCAGGAAAUCGAAGUACUGCAAAACCUACACGACGAUUUCAACCUCCACAAGAAACUAAAGGAAGCCGCUGGAGUAUACAAAAGAUCAUCUGCAUCAAUUUUAUAUGACGACAAUAAUGAGGCCGUAUUCGAGAUGGAUAAAAAGGAUAAAAAACGCAUUUGGAAAGACUAUGUAUCGAAAUUAUUUACCGAUGAGGAAAGGUCGGCUUAUGAAUGUAGCACAGAUAUCCCUAUGACUGGAAGUCCAAUCACCAGAUUGGAAGUUGAGUGCGCAAUCACCACGUUAAAGGACAGGAAGGCAUCAGGUCCAGAUGAAAUCCCGUCUGAAGUUUUAAAACUAAUAGAUGGAGACAAUACGCAAUUAUUUGUUACACUUUUCAACUAUAUUUAUGACACAGGCCUAUUCCCACAGGAAUGGCUUAAAUCAACAUUAUUACCAUACCGAAGAAGAACAAUGCUAGAAAGUGUAAUGAAUAUCGGUUGA